AUGGGAGGAGGAAGCAUGCAACGGUCUAUCGUAUCCGGCAGCCAAUGUCUGUGGGCUCGGCUGGCUCGACGGACCGGCCGCCGCGCCACCUCCGCCAGGCCCAGGCCGAUAUGGCAGGCGUGCGCGCCGGCGCGCAGCUUCCACACCCGCCAGAGUCUUGCCGACAGCAGCGCACAGGCAGCGACGGCGCGAGCUCCGAACAAGCACGAGGCAUCCGUCGUGGACGCCCUCCGUGAUGAGGAGAGCGGCGUCUUGUACACCAACAUCGGCGACACGCCGCCGCGGAUCGUGGGCAGCAGAGGCGCCUAUCUAUACACGGCCGACGGGCGGGAAAUCCUGGAUGCUACGGGCGGCGCCGCGGUGGUUUCCAUCGGGCACAAUCAUCCGCGCGUGAAAGAGGCGAUCAUGCGGCAGUUGGAUCAGGUCGCGUAUUCGUGGGCGCCGCUGUUCACGACCGAGGCGGGAGAGAAGUUGGCCAAGGUCUUGGUUGACUCGACGGGGGGAAGGAUGUCGAAGGUCUUUGUCGUCAGUUCUGGAACCGAGGCGGUCGAGGCAGCUUUGAAGAUUGCGCGACAGUAUUUCCUGGAGCUUCCUGAGAAGCAGCCAGAGCGAACACGGUUCAUUGCGCGCCGGCAAUCGUACCACGGAAACACGUUGGGCUCCUUGUCUGUGGGUGGCCAUGUUGCCCGAAAGCAGAUCUACAACCCGAUUCUCAGCACCAACACGUCGCAUGUUUCUCCCUGUUACCCGUAUAGGGGUCAAAAGGACGGUGAGAGUGACGAGGCGUAUGUGUCUCGACUGGCUCAGGAGCUGGAUGACGAGUUUCAAGCCGUCGGUCCGCAUACUGUGUGUGCGUUCAUCGCUGAGACUGUGGCUGGCACGACCCUCGGUUCUGUGCCCGCGACACCGGGUUAUUUCAAAGCCGUCAAGGAAGUGUGCAACCGGCACGGCGCACUCUUCAUCCUCGACGAAGUGAUGUCCGGAAUGGGGCGGACAGGCACCCUGCACGCCUGGGAACAAGAGGGCGUGGUGCCCGAUCUUCAAACCGUCGCAAAGGGACUUGGAGCCGGCUAUGCCUCCGUCGGCGCCCUGCUCAUCAAUAAGCGGGUCGUAGAAUCCCUGAGACACGGCACAGGCAUCUUCUCGCACAGCCAGACCUAUCAAGGCCAUCCCGUGGCCUGUGCAGCCGCCUACGAGGUCCAGCAGGUAAUCCAGGACGAAGACUUGCUCCAGAACGCUCGUGAAAUGGGUGCCUAUCUGGAAAAUACCUUGAAGCAACGCCUUGGAGAUCAUAAGAACGUCGGAAACAUCCGAGGACGUGGCCUCUUCUGGGGAGUUGAAUUCGUCUCUGACAAGCGUACAAAGCAGCCAUUCCCUGCAGAACGAAAAGUCGCAUCCCUCGUCUCCAAGACCGCACUUGUAGAUCACUCACUCAGUCUGAUACCCAUGUCAGGCAUGGCGGAUGGCUAUAGUGGCGAUGGCGUUCAGAUUGCGCCGCCGUAUAACAUCACGAGAUCUGAAAUCGAUACGCUCGUGGACAGGUUGGAACAGGUCGUUCGACAGGUCUUAGGGUGA